CAGUGUCCCGUAUCAGCUUGAGAUUCCUGCAAGACUCACAACUCAUUAGAUGCUCUGUGUACCUCUUGGUGCUGGCUGAACCCUGGAACAAGCAGGUGAACGAGAUGGACAGACCUUCCCACCCCGCAGCCUGAGAGAAAGGGGCGCAGACAUUCCAGUCAGGGACCAGGGGUCUCAGGAAGUUUGGUUUAACCCUGGCGCCAAGAGGGCUUCCUGGAGGAGGUGCGAGCAGCCAGCGAAGGAUCAGAGCAUGCGCACUGCGUCCCACCGGUCACGCGCGCGCGCUCCUUUCCGCGCACGCGCGCUCCCUCCGGCCGCGCGUCCAGUCCGCGCAGAGUGAAGGUUUCGCCUGGGCGGGGUCAGGGGAUAGCGGCCAGCCAAACGCUGCGCUCCUCCGUCCAUCGUGUGUCCUCCAGGUCGUCCGCGCAGCCCAGCCGCGGCGCCCUGUGCGGGCGUGGGGUUGCUGAGCUCUGCGACCAUGAAGGUCAAGGUCAUCCCCGUGCUUGAGGACAACUACAUGUACCUGGUCAUCGACGAGCACACGCGGGAGGCUGUGGCCGUGGACGUGGCCGUGCCUAAGAGGCUGCUGGAGAUCGCAGGCCGGGAGGGGGUGUCUCUGACCACCGUGCUGACCACCCACCACCACUGGGACCAUGCGCGGGGAAAUGCGGAGCUGGUGCGGCUACAGCCAGGGCUGGCGGUGAUGGGCGCGGACGAGCGCAUCUGCGCGCUCACCCGCAGGCUGGUGCACGGCGAGGAGCUGCGGUUUGGGGCCAUCCACGUGCGAUGCCUCCUGACGCCUGGCCACACCUCCGGCCACAUGAGCUACUUCCUGUGGGAGGAUGAAUGCCCGGACCCGCCUGCCCUCUUCUCGGGGGACUCGCUGUCAGUGGCUGGCUGCGGCUGGCGUCUGGAGGGCACUGCCCAGCAGAUGUACCAAAGCCUGGCCGAGACUCUGAGCAACCUGCCACCGCAGACGAAGGUGUUUUGUGGCCAUGAGCACACGCUGAGCAACCUCGAGUUUGCACAGAAAGUGGAGCCCUGCAAUGACCACGUGAGAGCCAAGCUGUCCUGGGCCCAGAAGAGGGAUGAGGACGAUGUGCCCACCGUGCCUUCCACCCUGGGCGAGGAGCUCCUGUACAACCCCUUCCUCAGAGUGGUGGAGGAGCCAGUGCGCAAGUUCACAGGCCAAGUGGCCCCAGCCCAGGUCCUGGAGGCACUCUGCAAGGAGCGAGCAAGCUUCCAGCACACCUCAGAGCCACUGCAGCCUCAGGCACGGGCUCUCCUGGCGCUGCAGUGGGGGCUCCUGAGUGUGCCCCAGCAGAAGUGAGUCCAAAGCGUGCCUGCUU